AUGGCAAUCGAGCUUUCGAUCAGCCAUGCCGUCAACGCCGCUGGCUGGCUGCUGGCGGCCACGGUGCUCUGGUUUGGUUACCGCGCCUAUGUCGUGCGCAGCCAUUUCCAGCGCCUUCAGCGCCAGGGAGUUCCCAUGCUCCCGCAUCAUCCCAUUUUGGGCCAUCUUGGCGUUGUUGGCAAGCUCAUGAAGGAUAUGCCGGGCGAUGUCCAUGGCGACUACCUUAUGCUGCUCAUUCAGGACAACUGGCGCACAUUGUUUGACGAAAAGUACACAGCGUGCCCGCCCGCUGUCUAUCUGGAUAUGUGGCCUGCGUCCAUGCCGUUCAUGCUCAGUUUGCACCCCGACAUGUCCGCCCAGUUCACCCAGGACGUCAACAUGGAAAAGGCCGAGGCCCAGGGCCACUUCUUGCGGCCCCUCACGAGCAACCUCGACGUAGCGUCCAGCCACGGCGCGGCAUGGAAGAAGCUGCGCCGCCGCAUGAACCUGGGAUUCAGUGCCCAGGCCAUCCGCGCGCGGCUGCCGGCGCUGAUGGAGGAGGUCGAGGUGUUUCGGGAUAUCUUGGUGAGCCGCGCCGGCAAGAAUGGUGCUUGGGGCACUGUCUUCACCCUUGAGGAGCUCGCGACGAUGCUGACGCUCGACUUUAUCGGCCGCUUCACAUUCGACGUCCGCCUGCACGAGCAGACGAGUCCGCUGACGCCCAUGACCGCGGCCAUGCUCGACACGCUGCCCCGACUGCGCGUCUUCACCCACAUUGGCAAUGUAUGGUCCCUCUUCAACCCGUGGGUCACGUACAAGCUCUGGAGCAACGUGCGCUGCAUGGAUGCGUACCUCGCGCCCCGCCUGGAAGAGCGUCGUGCAGCCUUGACGGCCGGCGAGCCCCCGGCAGGCGGUACGACGCUGGUCGACACGCUGUUCACAACGAUUGCUGCCGAGAGCCCAGCCGACGCCAACACCACCGCCACGCUCGACUACGUGGUGGCCGAAACCAAGCACACGCUGUUUGCCGGCCACGAGACGACGGCCUUCACCUUGGCCUGGCUCUUCCGCACACUCGCAACGGAGCCCACGAUCGUCGCCAACAUGAUGGCCGAGCACGACGCCGUCCUGGGCCCGGACCCGGACGCCGCGGCCGACCGUCUGCGUGACGCGCCCCACCUCAUCGGCCAGCUGCCGUACACGACGGCCGUCAUCAAAGAGUCCAUGCGCAUCCACACCAACGUCGGCACCCUGCGCGCCGCGCCGCCCGGCGCCGCCCUCUAUGGCCCCGCCGGCUCGGGGUACGACGGCGUCGCCUUCCCCACCGACAUGUGCGUCCUCUGGGAUGCCAACUUUGCCAUCCACCGCAACCCAGCCUACUGGCCGCGCCCGCUGGAGUUCGUGCCCGAGCGCUGGCUCACCACCGACAAGGACGACCCGCUGCACCCGCGCCGCAACGCCUACCGGCCCUUUGAACAAGGCCCCCGCAACUGCGUCGGCCAGCACAUGGCCAUGACGGAGAUGACCAUGGUGUUGGCGCUCGUGGUCCGCACGCUGGAGGUCGAGGAGGCCUGGGCGGAGUGGGACGCGAAGCGGGGGGCCACGCACAAGAAGAAGGCGACCGUCUGGGGCGACCGGCUCUACCAGGUCAGCAAGCACGGCCCGCCACACGUCAAGGACGGCAUGCCGGUGCACGUGCGCCUGCGCCAGAGGUAA